AUGCCCAUGGAUAAUCACUUCCUUUCCUCAGAAAAGUUACAGAAAAUCACGGGGAAAAAGGCAGAACACGAUGUUGUCAAAGGCAUACAGAGCUACGCUGAGAAAAUCAUAACAGAUAUUAUAAACAGAUCUGCCCUCCUUUCGAGGCAUUACGAGAAGGAUGUUAUCGAUGCAUCAGAAAUCUCAGUUGUGGCCGAAAAGGACUUUGGCUGUUCGUUUGGGCUGCGAAGUAUUCUCCAAGAGGCGAAUGCACCAACAAACGAGCACGUUGAAAAAAUAGCAGAAAUAAGUAGACAGAGGUACUAG